UUCUUCCCCAUCUCUUCCCCUUUGUUCCUAAUAUUUCUUCUUUCUUGGUUGAUCACAUCAUGCCACUUUCUGGGAAAAUCAGCACUGAAAUUAGGGUUCAUGCAACCGCUGAAAAGUGGUUCAACCUCUUUGCAACACAGCUCCAUCAUGUUCAAAACCUCACUGAUAGAGUCCAUGGAACAAAGCUGCACCAUGGUGAAGACUGGCAUCACAAUGAAUCCAUCAAACACUGGACUUGUACCAUAGAUGGUAAGGUUACAACAUAUCACGAGAGCAUUGAAUCGAUUGAUGAAGCAAACAAAAGAAUAACCUACAAGUUGUUCGGUGAAGAUUUCGAUGACAAGUUUAAGGUUUUAAAGGCAAUAUUCGAAGGAACAACUAAAGAUGAAGGUGGUGACAUCAUCAAGUGGACCAUUGAAUAUGAAACUACAAGUGAUGAAGUUGAUCCUCCUUUUGCCUUCCUUGAAUUCGUGCACAAAGGAAGCAUAGAUGUUGAUGCCAAUCUUCUCAAGGCAUAGCUACAACAGUUAUGAACUAAACAAUAAUAAAAUAUCAAAUAAUGGAGUUGGACUAAGAUGAAGUGAUUAUAAACCAUAAAUUCGUGAGACAGUCCUUUCUUUCUGUGGAAUUAAACAUCACGAUGAUGCAUGUUCGUAAUAUAUAUUCCUGCCGUCCUUUACGUUGUUUCUUAAUUGUUUAAAUUAAGUUUGAUUUGCCAAAUAUCUUUCUCCUGA